AGCUCCCAUUCUUUUAUAAAAAUAUCAGCACAACGAGAACUUUUUUUUUCACACGGAUGGAUUUUACUAUUUUUCACUUAUUCUGGUUCUGAGCCCCUUAAGUAUCUGAUGCAGAACUGAUAGAAGUUGUAUUAGUAACAUGCUAUCUGCAUUCACCGCAUUAGUCAAGUAUCAGCAACUGCAGAACAUAAUGGCGACUCCAAGCACCAAAGCGGAAACCGAGGCUGCCGACAGGGAAGUGAUCAAGCAGCAACUUCUCAGCCUCUGGCGGGAGGCCAUCCGGCACCAGGACGGCGACGUGCACAAAUUCAACCGAAAUUUUGGGAAACCGAGCUUGGUUGUCUUUAUGACCUGCUCAAACGUGGUUACAAUCUUAAACGCUACAAUAGAAUCUGGAUUUUGUAUUGCAUGAGGAGCAUGACAAACCCGCAGAGCGUUCUACUUUCUGCAGCACAAAUUUCGCCAGAUUCUAGUGCGGUUUCGGACUCCCGAACUUGUCAUGCGGAAUGCUGUGGGAGUAGGCUAGAUCAUGCACUUCUUGCAUCACAGACUUCCAUAUUCCAUGGUAACGUUUGAGAUUGUAGCAUUUGAGCAAGUCAUAGUCUUGGAGCAGAUUUUCGAGCGGUACUUCGGAGUCGAGUACCUAACGAAAACGACUGGCGUAUUGAGAGAAAAAAUCCCCCCUGCCCAUAUUGCAAAGGAAGGCUCCGAAAAUUUCUGUUGCUCAUCUUUUUAGGGCCACAAAUCCUCAUAUUUGUCUUGCAAAGAGACAAGCGCAGAGGCUUCCGUUCCAUUAUGGAAGCGGUUUGGCAUGCUGUUGGGCCUACAGGGCCGCCGGUUGCGAUGCUAAACAACUACGCCCUUGCGCCCCUAUCGAGGCUGAGGAUCUGGCCGCUAUGCUUUACGGCAAGACAAAGCGUACGCAAAUCCAGCAACAGAGCCGUCGUUUCGAUAUGGGGAGGGGAGAGUUUUUCUUUUGAUAGGGCGCGGCCGCCAGCACCAGCGCAUCAGCAUCUGGACCUGCAAUGGUCGAUGAUUUCGAUCUUUCGUUACCCAGCCUGCAAGCGAUCAUCUGCAGCAAGUUUUCCGCCCGGUUGUAUCAAAUGCAAAAAUGUCUGGGUCUGGAAGAUUGCCAGGUUUGUCAUGCAUAUAUUGCAUGACCCAUGAUGCCUGCAAUGCAUGGCUUACCAUCACAGAUUUUUAGCGGGCUUCCUGUAGUUGCCUAUUCCGCAUGAGAAAUACUUACCCCUACUACCGUGUAGCACAAACUGCAAUCCUGUUGCUGGUGAUGCAAUACAGAUUUUUUUAGAAUCGAAAAACAGCAUCGCAAGUUGCAACCUUCCAGACGUCCAGGGAUCUUUGCACUUCAUAGGUUGGCAGCGGACACUACUCUCGCCGCAAAGUUCGCCGCGGAUCAACGAGGGAACCGAGUAAGGAGCACGACGGGAGGACAGGCUACUAUCAAAAGAAAAAAUCCCCCUACCCCAUACUGAAAGGGUAUAUUUUUUGAAAUUUGUGAUGCUGAUUUGUAAUCACAAAUUGUGCCUGUCUUGCAAGAAGGCAACUCCGCAGGUUCCGCCGCAUUGUGCAGGCGGAUUGUCAUGCUGUUGGGCCUACAGCGCGGACGUUUUUUUUGUCAUGUUAAGUGCCUAGGCCAAAACGUUUCGACUCACACUUUGUAGGGGCCUGCAGUGCUCUCCAGCAAGACAGCUAGGAUCUGUGUACACAAAUCCAGCAUCAGAAAUCUCGUUUUGUUAUGGGUAGGGGGGAUUUUUCCUUUCGAUAGCUACGAAUGAGUCUUUACUCACCGAGCUGGACAAGACCUUCUCCCAACUCGCCACUCACUGCGCGCAAAUUGGAGUACCAGCAACCACGUAUGCGGACAGCGAGACGGGGUUAGCGGAUGUGGUGCUGCUGCUACGGAAAAACUGGUUUUUAGCCACGUUGCUGGAGGAACAGAAGGGCUUGUCCACCGGAGCGCAAUUCGACAUUCCUAUCGAGAGCCUAUCAAAUGCAAAUAUGUCUAGGUCUGGAAGAGCAAGAGUGUGAUGCUGCUUGUGCAUGACAGAGAAGGUCUGGCGUGCAAGUCCGCAUUACAAAUGCCCUCUUUGUGUGACAAGAAAUGAGCGACUUUUUCCGGUCCAUGCAUGACAGAUUUUUGUCUGGUGUGAAACGCGCAUCAGAGGUUUACAUGUUUCCAGACCGAGACCACAUAUUUGCAAUGCAUAGAGUCUGCUCGAAAACCACCGAACCGGCGGCGGCUGCGCACCCGGCUUCGCGGGCAGGUUCAUCCGGGAUCUACUGCAGCUGCUCAGCAUUCAUUUCGGCCUGGAUUAUGCACUGCAAAAGGAAAAGUGUCGUACUGGUACUAAUUACAUUUAUGCAUUGCAAAUCUUUAUUCUUAAGGUAAAUCAGCAUUACAAAUUUCAUUUCUAAUGCUGAGGAAAUUUGUAUAUGCAAUUUACACUAGUACGAUACUUUUGCACUGCAUAUGGAUGAACCGACGUUGAUACGGGAAUUGGGAAUCGGAGGAUGAGCUGUGCAUUGCGAAUAUCGAUCUGGGUUUGAAGGAUGGCAACUUGUCAUGCUAAGUUUGGAUCAUGCAAAAAUCUGUGUCGCCUGAUCACCAAAAGAUGUUGUCCACUUUUGACCAGCUCGUUGAGGGGGAGGUAUUUCUCACGCAGGAUAAAGAUAGAGAUCCUCUCGCAGCAUCUGUCAUACUAAGACCUCAUGGGUCAUUUCCAUCUCUUAUACCCAUGUCAACAAAAAGAAACACAUAAUUUCAGCACUUCAAAAUUUGCGCCGUCAUAGCAUUUUUCCGAUGAAUAGAUAUCGAUGGUGUUCAGUAAAUAUGCGUUUCUUCAUCUCGAAUUGUUCUUCACAACAUGCGGACUCAGUGUUUUGUGUAGUGAAGGCGAAAAUUUGUUUUUGAAAAGGUCGUCUGAUAGUGCUCGAAGGAAACAAAACUUAAAUUGCUGCUUCAUAUAGAACGAAACCUGAUGUUGGAAUCAGAAGCCGGAAUGAGGAUCUGCGGUUUGAUGUUGAUGCAAAAAACAAAAGCUCCGAAGGCUGGAUAACAUGGAUGGAAGAUGGCAACUACUGUUUCGUUUCUCUAGCAGUUUGGGUUGAUGGAGAUUUUGAAGAAUUUUCGUUCACGCUUGGCUCGAUGUAUAUUGGCUUUAAGCUCUGAU